AUGGAUGAUAACUUCAAUGCAACACAUAUAACCUUUGAUGGUUAUGUACAAGUUCAGAAAUACAGAUAUCUUUAUUUUUUAAUGAUGUUUACGCUCUAUGUUUUAAUAAUUUGCAGUAAUUCUACGAUUGUGUACCUGAUCUGGAUUCACCGAAACCUCCACGAGCCGAUGUACAUUUUCAUUGCAGCUUUGUCCACGAACUCUAUUCUUUUCAGCAGUGUGAUUUACCCCAAAAUCCUUGUUGAUGUUUUGUCAGAGAGACAGAUCAUACCUUACUCAGCCUGUCUGUUUCAAUGGUUUUUAUGUUAUUCUUUAGGGCUUUCAGAUUUCUUGAUAUUGGCAGCGAUGGCUUACGACAGAUACGUGUCUAUAUGCAAACCUCUGCAGCAUCCACUCAUCAUGAAGAAAUCCACCAUCACUGCUUUGCUGCUUUCAGCUUGGCUUGUGCCUGCUUGUCACAUGCUGAUCACAGUAGCACUGAGUGCUGAUAGAAAACUCUGUAGCUCCAUCAUGAAAGGGAUGUACUGCAGCAAUUCGAUUUACAAACUCCACUGCGUGAGCUCGAGACUGCUGUCUGUGUUCGGUGUGAUUACUUUGGUGAACAGCGUCAUCUUUCCCGUCCUCUUCAUACUGUUCACUUACACAAGGAUAAUUAAAAUAUCGUACAAAAGCAGUGGAGACGUCCGGAAGAAGGCUGCCGAGACUUGCGUUCCCCACCUGCUGAUUUUAAUCAGCUGCACGACUUUGGCUGUCUAUGAGACCACCACAGUGAGAGUGAAGUCAGACGUUUCAAAAACUACACGUUUGAAUUUACAGGCGGCGCUGUAUCAUCCUCUUCUCAAUCCGAUUAUCUACGGACUGAAAAUGAAAGAAAUCUUUAAACAUCUCAAGGCGAUGAUGUGCCCUGUCAAACCCAACUAA